UAACUAUAUACUUAUAUCUAAAUGUUUUUGUUACUAAUAAAACCGCACCGCGGUUUUUCUUUAAAUUUAACAUUCAGAGCCUAUAUAUCAUUUUCUUAGCUUAUAUAUAUCUUAACUCCGACGAAAUAUCAUUCACUGAACUUUUGGCUUUUGGUUCAAGAAAAAAAGAAGAAGAAAGCUUCAAUGGAGAAGAGUAGUGGCCUAAGAGUGAUUCUCUUUCCACUUCCAAUACAAGGCUGCAUCAAUCCCAUGAUUCAGCUCGCCAAGAUCCUUCACUCAAGAGGUUUCUCCAUCACAGUAAUCCACACGCACUUCAACGCUCCAAAAGCUUCAAGCCAUCCUCUCUUCACCUUCUUAGAGAUACCAGACGGCUUGUCUGAAACAGAGAAAAGAACUGAUGAUAAGACUUUUCUCUUCACUCUCCUCAACCAAAGAUGUGAGGCUCCGUUUCGUGACUUUUUGGCUAAGCUUUUGGUAUCUUCAGAUUCAGAAACACAGAGGAUUAGCUGUUUGAUCCAUGACUCCGGAUGGACCUUCACACCCUCCGUAACAAAGGGUUUGAAACUCCCGAGACUGGUUCUCAGUACGUACACAGUCUCCUUCUUUCUCAACCAUUUUUCUCUUCCUAAGCUCCGCCGUGAGAUCAAGCAACUUUCUUUUACAGAUUCAGAACAAGACGACCUAGUUCAGGAGUUUCCACCACUUCGAGAGAAGGAUCUUGUACGGCUUCUGAAAGAGAAAAGGGAGUACUUAGAACCCUACUUGAAUAUGAUGUUGGAAGCGACGAAGUCGUCUUCAGGCAUUAUAUUCAUGUCCUGCGAAGAGUUGAACCAAGACUCAUUACGUAAGGCACGUGAAGACUUCAAAGUACCAAUCUAUGCGAUAGAACCAUCUUUUAGCAACUUUCCAGCUUCGUCCAGUAGCUUGUUCACACAAGACGAGACUUGCAUUCCAUGGUUAGACAAACAGGAAGACAAGUCCGUAAUUUACGUGAGUUUCGGUAGCCUCGCUACCAUGACCGGACCAGAGUUGAUUGAGAUUGCUUGUGGUCUAAGAAACAGCGGUCAGCCCUUCUUGUUGGUUGUACGGGUUGGUUCGGUUAAAGGCACAGAAUGGAUCGAGGCCAUACCGGAAGAACUCAUGGCAAAGGUUAACGAGAAAGGAAAGAUAGUGAAAUGGGCACCGCAACAAGAGGUGCUAAAGCAUCGAGCAGUCGGAGGAUUCUUGACACACAACGGCUGGAACUCGGUGGUUGAGAGUGUUUGUGAAGGCGUCCCUAUGAUCUGUUUGCCUUUUAUAUGGGACCAGUUUCUAAAUGCAAGACUUGUUAGUGGUGUUUGGAGGGUAGGGCUGCAUCUAGAGCAUCGGAUUGAGAGUAACGAGAUCGAGAGUUCGAUAAGGAGUUUGUUUUAUGGAGAUGAAGGAGAUGCAAUCCGAGAGAGGAUGAGACUUCUCAAGGAGAAAGUUGGAAGAUCGGUUAAAGAAAACGGUUCGGCUUAUCGAUCUUUAGAGAGUUUGAUUGAUCGGAUAAGGAGUUUUGGUUUCUAGCUAUCUUUGUGUUUGAGUUAUGUCUUAUUAUUAAGUUGUUUGUGUGUUCAGGAAACUCUUCCUUGUGUUUUGGCAUUGUUGGAACUUAAAUUUAUUUUUAUUAACAAAAUUUAUUCGCAUAAAAAUCGAAUCUUAACUAAAACCAAAACUAUAUUAGGUUGAGCAAUAUUUUAAGUCUAGGAAUAAAAUCAAUAAAUUUUGCAUUGAAAUUAUAAAACGACACUUAUUUUGAAACUCAAAUUUUACC